AUGCAUAAUGCCACGAACGUCGACCUGACCAGCUAUGCGACGAGCAAGGCUGCGACCGAUCACCUGGUGAAGCUUCUAGCUGCCAAAUUCCGCCGAUUCUACGUCCGUGUGGUCGGCAUCAACCCGGGGUUCGUCCCAAGCCAGAUGAACCCUGUUGGAGAGGAGGGCAACAUUUUCAGCUCUCUGUUCGAUCGAGUCCCUGCGAAGCGCGCAGGGAUUGCAGAAGACAUUGCUGGAACGGUCAUGUAUCUCGUCAGUCGAGCGGGUGCCUACGUCGACGGCGUCUCUUUAUGUGUUGAUGGAGGCCGUGUGCUAGUUGCCGAUGGACAGGAAUGA